UUGACUUGCUUUUUGAAAUGAGCUCUAACAGCAGACGGGCACCUACUCGGAACUAUGAAGUAGUUGGCUGUCAACAAACUAAAGAAGCCACAUUUUGACAAUUUGGACUAUUUUCACUCGAAAGGUCAUCAUGCAUCGACAUCAGGCUUGAGAUUGAACGGAGACGUGUUACACCUUUCUGAGUGUUUUCGACCGAAGAGGAGUUUUUGUAUUGUUGACUUACUAGCUCGGUAGCUAGCCAAGUUAGCUAGAGAGCUAAUUUAAUUGAAUUAGUUCGGCCGCUAUAGUUAGUUUAACACUGCUCGCUACCUUCCUAUUAUUCCUUUAUCUAAGGUACCAGCCAACGAAACUGUCGUUUGGACAGUUUGUUGCCUCCAUAAGUCCCUGGCAUGGCUGACAGCAGCAUCCUGACUUUAGGGACGGCUCGGAGUCUGUUGGUGGAUACUUCAGUCUAUGAUUCGAGGAUCGCAGAAACCACCAAGGACCAUGUAUUUCUGGGCAUGGCAUGUGAUGACGGGGAAGAUAUGCUGCCAAAAGUGGAGACAAGGGUUGUUCUUGUGGGAGCAGCGGGCAGAAAUGGAGCGCUGGUCAAAGCACUGCAGGCCAUCAGAGUAAUGGAGGUACCGGUGGUAAAGAUAAGAGAAGGCGAGGCGGGCACCGAGGAGAAAAUGAUGAUAAAAUCUAUAGUCAAUAUGGACAUCAACACCCCGUGCAUAUUGACGGACAACGUCCAAGAGUUUGGAGAUGGAGAGAACACCGACUUUGAGACGGUGUUCAUCCUCACAGACUUUGAUUCUCCCGACUACAACUACCUCUACAAACAUGACAACCGCAUUGUCGGGCCUCCCGUCGUGCUGCACUGUGCUGCCAAGGACGAACCUCUACAGUUUGCAUGCCGUCCUCUCUACUGCACCACGAUGCUGAACCUGUCGCUGUGUUUCACCGGCUUCAGGAACAAAGAAGAAAUGAAGAACUUGGUGAAUCUGGUUCAUCACAUGGGUGGAACGAUCCGGAAAGACUUCAGCACCAAGGUUACUCAUCUCAUCGCCUACUCCACUCAUGGGGAGAAAUACAGGCUGGCAGUGUGCAUGGGGACGCCCAUUCUGACUCCAUCAUGGAUUCAUAAGGCCUGGGAGAGAAGAGAUGAAGUGCACUUCCAUGCAGGAGAAGAGGAUUUUCGAACAGAGUUCAAAGUGCCACCGUUCCAGGACUGCAUCCUGAGUUUUCUGGGUUUUUCAGAUGAAGAGAAGGCCAACAUGGAGGAGAGGACUCUCAAACACGGUGGCAGUUCUCUUGAGGUUGGAGAUGAGAGGUGUACACACAUGGUGGUGGAGGAAAACUCAGUAAAGGAGCUGCCGUUUCCUCCCAAGAAACUCUAUGUGGUCAAACAGGAGUGGUUCUGGGGCAGCAUUCAGAUGGACGCUCGGGCCGGAGAGUCCAUGUACUUCUACGAGAAGAACGACAGCCCAGCCAUGAAGAAGGCAGUGUCCCUCCUGUCCCUCACCACCCCCAACAGUAACCGCAAGCGUCGGCGUCUCAGGGACACGCUGGCUCAGUUCACCAAGGAGACGGAGAUCUCCCCCUUCCCUCCGCCACGCAAAAGGCCGUCUGCAGAGCACUCCCUGUCCAUCGGUUCUCUGCUGGACAUCUCUAAUACCCCUGACACAUGCAAGGCCUUGGCAGAGAGUUCAAAGCCAUCCAAGAGCUCCACUCCGGUUCUGUCUAAGCAGUCAGCCAGGUGGCAGGUCUCCAAGGAACUCUACCAGACUGAGAGCAACUAUGUGGACAUUCUGAGCACCAUCCUACAGCUUUUCAAGCUUCCUUUAGAGAAAGAGGGGCAAGUGGGAGGACCAAUCCUCGCCCAAGAAGAAAUGAAGACAAUAUUUGGCAGCAUCCCAGAAAUCUACGAUGUUCACACUAGAAUAAAGAGUAACCUUGAGGAGCUGCUGACAGACUGGUCAGAGGACAGGAGUGUAGGAGAUAUCAUCCUCAAUUAUUCGGGCGAGCUGGUGAAGGCCUACCCACCCUUUGUCAACUUCUUCGAAAUGAGCAAGGAGACAAUUGUUCGUUGCGAGAAACAAAACCCCCGCUUCCAUGCUUUUCUCAAGAUCAACCAGGCCAAGCCAGAGUGUGGCAGGCAGACGCUGGGGGAGCUGCUCAUCAGACCUGUACAGAGACUGCCCAGUGUGGCCCUUCUUCUUAAUGACAUAAAGAAGCAUACGUCGGAUGACAACCCAGACAAGAUAACACUGGAGAAAGCAAUUGAGUCUCUGAAAGAAGUCAUGACUCACAUCAAUGAGGACAAGAGGAAGACAGAAGGCCAGAAGCAGAUCUUUGAUGUUGUUUAUGAAGUGGAUGGCUGUCCUGCCAACUUGCUGUCGUCCCAUCGCAGCCUGGUUCACCGGGUAGAAACAAUCGCCCUGGGAGACCAGCCUUGUGACCGUGGAGAAAAUGUCACUCUCUUCCUCUUCAACGACUGCCUUGAAAUCGCGAGGAAGCGACACAAGGUGAUCAAUACAUUUAAGAGUCCGCUGGGACAGACGAGACCACCACCCUCGCUCAAACACAUCGCACUGAUGCCGCUGUCCCAGAUCCGCAGAGUGCUGGACCUGCAGGACACAGAGGACUGUGUGAAUGCAUUCGCCUUGGUGGUUCACCCUCCAACCGAACAGGAGAACUUGUUGUUCAGCUUCCAACUGGCCGGGGAGGAAACGGUUAAAAACACCUGGCUGCGAACUCUUUGCCGCCACGUCGCCAACACCAUCUGCAAGGCUGAUGCGGAGGACCUGAUUCAGUGCACAGACCCCGACUCACUACAGGUCAGCACCAAGGAUAUGGACAGCACCCUGAGCAAAGCCUCCAGGGCCAUCAAGAAGACCUCUAAAAAGGUAACCAGGGCCUUUUCCUUCACCAAGACCCCGAAGCGUGUGAUCCAGAGGGCGUUCAUGGCCAACAGCACUCCAGAUGAGAAAAGCCAGAGGCUGUGUUGUGACAACCGCAUCGGCAGCAGCUCCACACUGGCUAUGUCUCGCUCUGCCUCCACAUUCAGUUUGAAUGAUUCUGCUAAGAGCAGUGCUGUGGUGCAGCGCUCUAACUCUCUGGACCAUCCUCCAGUCAGAGCCAGGGUCCCAGUUUGUAUACGUACCCCCAGCAGCCCAGCCCCAAACCCUGCCCACAGCCCCCGCCCUAACGCUGCCCCCGGGGUUAACCACAGCCUCCGCCCCGUCUAUUGCCCUAGCAUCCAAGAACCCAAGUCCAUCCUUCAUGCUCCAUUAUUGCCCCAACCAGCACCAGUUCAUUCAGGCCCCUACACCUUCCAACAGUCCAUCACUUCAACACGUCCACCCUCCACCUCAAUUCCAGCUGUCCGAAACUCCAUGCCGCUCAACUCCAGAAACUCCCAACCCAAAUUGAUCCCGCACGUGUCCAGACACCUACCCUCAGUAGGGUUCCAGCCAAGGUUCCCGGCUCCUCUGCCUGUUAAUGACAAAGGCAGGACCUUUUCUGAGUCAUGCAGGGAUCCCCAAGCCCCCUUGGACCCACGCAAGGCUGCCCUGACCAGUCCUCGCAGGGAGACUCUGCUCUAAACCCCAGUCCUGGAGCCUGAUGCACGCCACUCCCCCUCCAUGGUCAACCUGCCUUCCAUGUUUGAGAGGAAGUACCACACAUUCAGUCGUUCCACCACCCACCUCUUUUGAG